AUGGCUCCUGCGAAGCUCCUCUUCGCCGUCGUCGUCACGCUUCAGGCCUCCGCGAUCCUCGCGCAGACGUGCUCGUGCGCCGACUGCGAGACGGUGGCCCCUCCCUGCUACGCCAGCAGGUGGUACGCGUGGUGGAUCAAGGACGACUGCAGCUCGCAGACACUGUGGAACAGCGUGCAGUCGUCCAGCGACGUGCGCAGCAGCGUGCUGGCCGUGUGGGGCCCCGGCACGCCCGGCUCCACCACCUCCUUCCAGAGCUACGUGCUCAUGGCGGCCAACAACCGCAGGAACCCCAGUUGCGUCAAGACGUACCUGCUCGACUGGAUCAAGUGCAAGGCCGCGCCCACUGACUCGGCCGUUCAGUUUUACAACUCUGCACUGGGCGUGGGGGUGAGCGGGGUGAAGGAUGUGCGGUCGCUCAACACUUUUGUGACGGCGGUGAUCAAGAAGAUUGGCCAGACCGUGUUUAACACGCUCGCUGGCAUGCUCAGGCAGCGCGGCCUGCAGGCUCAGGUUGUGAUGGCGGGAACGUGCGGAGCAGCAGCGCUGCGUCCUAUAGCGGGGAUGCCGCCGCUCUUGCCGUUCGCAGCAGCGGGUGCUGUUGCGUCGUCGUCGACGCUAGCAGGAGUCGCCGGGGCGGGGUCGCCCAGCGGCGUGGCAUGCGGGCCGCAGCUGACGGAAGGAAUAGACUCGUCGCCUUCUGCUCCCGCUGCACACGUUUUUAAACAGCCGUCAGUGAUAGAGCUGGAGCGGCUACAGGCAGAGGCGCUCAAGGGCGGGGGGUUUGAGCGGAUACGCAAGCAGCACAAGCAGGGCAAGCUGACCGCCAGAGAGCGCAUCAUGACUCUGCUGGACCCCGGGUCGUUUGAAGAACUCGACAUGUUGGUGCAGCAUCGCUGUCGGGACUUUGGCAUGGAUGAGACACAGAUUGCAGGCGAUGGCGUUGUGACUGGCAGCGGCACCAUCAAUGGGAGGCUGGUGUUUGUGUUCAGCCAAGACUUCACCGUGUUUGGCGGAAGCCUGUCAGAGACCCAUGCGAGCAAGAUAGUGAAGAUCAUGGAGAAGGCAAUGCUAGUGGGAGCACCUGUCAUAGGCAUCAACGACUCGGGGGGAGCUCGCAUUCAGGAGGGCGUUGUGUCGCUCGCCGGCUAUGCCAACGUCUUCCAGCUGAACGUGCUGGCAUCGGGAGUUAUUCCGCAGCUCUCCCUCAUCAUGGGGCCCUGCGCAGGUGGUGCUGUCUACUCGCCUGCUCUCACAGAUUUUGUGGCCAUGACUCGAGGCACGGCGUACAUGUUUGUCACGGGGCCUGACGUGGUGAAGCAAGUCACGUUUGAGGAUGUCACUCGGGAUGAGCUGGGAGGGGCGGACGUGCAGUCCAAGUCAGGAGUGGUGCACCUGGCGUAUGACAACGAACUCGAUGCUCUUGCAAGGAUCCGGGACCUCUUUGACUUCCUGCCGCUCUCCAAUCAGCAUGCGCCACCUCUGCGCCCCAACUUCGACUCCCCCAACCGCGUGUCACCCUCGCUGGACUUUGCUGUGCCGCGGGACCCCAACACGGCAUACGACAUGGUGGAGAUCAUCGAGCAGGUGGUGGACGAUGGGGAGCUGUUUGAGGUGCAGGGAGGCUUUGCACGAAACAUCCUCAUUGGAUUCGCGAGGCUGGACGGGGGCACGGUGGGAGUGGUGGCGAAUCAGCCCAAGGAGCAGGCGGGCUGCCUCGAUAUCAACGCCUCCAUUAAGGGAGCUCGCUUUGUGCGUUUCUGCGAUGCGUUCAACAUCCCCAUCCUCACCUUCGUCGACGUCCCAGGCUUCCUCCCAGGCACGGGGCAGGAGCAUAGCAGCAUCAGGCAGGGGGCGAAGCUGCUGUACGCCAAUGCAGAGCACAACGGCAUCAUCAGGCAGGGGGCGAAGCUGCUGUACGCCUAUGCGGAGGCCACGGUGCCCAAGCUCACUGUCAUCACUCGCAAGGCGUAUGGGGGGGCGUACGACG